AUGAGUGAGUCCUAAAUCACAAUAAAUUAAUGAAAGUUCUCAAUUUCAGAAUUAUUGAAUAAUCGAAGAUUUUCGAAUACAUCAAAUGGUUUGGGCCCAACAACAUGUCUAGCGUUUGUUUUAUCAGUUUUGACCAUGAUCGGAUCGAUUUGGAUUAUUGGAUUCGGAAUUCGAGCACUAGUUGAGGUUGCCUAUUUAGCCCCAAUAAUCGGAUCACAUUUCAUAAUUUAUGGACCAUGUUGUUUGAUAAUGAUUGGGAUAUUUGCCUUCGGCAUGACACCGAUUGGUUUUUAUUCAAUCAUUAUGAGCAAUUCGGAAUUCAUGGUUCUGGUAAGUCAUGAUUCAAAAGAACAUUUUUUUUAAUAGAGUGAAUUUUCAGAACAUGUUUGGCACGUUUUUUCUCUCCGGACUUUGCGUUUCCUCGGGAUAUCUCGGAUAUUCUCUGAACACAAAAAUGAAUUACAAUCUGGAAUUGGAAUCCUGGAUGAAUAGAACUAUGAUUGAAGAGUUUGACAAUCCAAAUACACCAGACAUUCGAGAAGCGUGGAAUAAAGUUCAACAACAGGUUUGUUUUUUUUUAGAAAAUUAAAAUAUGGAUAAAAUCAUAUAUUUUUCAUUCAGUAUUCGUGUUGUGGAGUUGAGUCAAAUCGCGAUUGGGUAAAAAGUGUAUGGUUUGCGAAACAAAAACUAUAUCCAAGAUUGAGAUAUCCGGAAAGUUGUUGUGCUAGCUGUGCAUCAAUGCAUGACCGGUAACAUUUUUCUCAAGAUCAAGAUCUCCAAAAAUAGUUUUUUUUGUAGUUUCUGCACAUCAUUUUUCGGCGAUGUUGAUGGAAAUCAGCCACUAUCCAAAAAUCAAACAAUUUGCCUUCAAGCUAGCAAAAAAUGUGAAAGUGCUGAUGAAUCAAUUGCCAAUAAAUAUUUAUGUUCUCAAAAUUCAGUUGAGAUUAAGAAUUUUUAUCGACAUGAGAAUGGAUGUUUAGGACACAUUCGAUUCAACGUUAACUAUUUUUCAAAUCGAGUUUUUAUUUAUUCGAUAAUUUUCUUUUUCAUACUUUUUUCAAGCACAUUAACCUGGUUUGCUGUACAUGAAUUGAUUGAUCCAAUACGGGUAAGAAUCAAUAAUUCAUAA